AUGGCGCUACAGACCAUGAAGAUCUAUGACCGCGAGUGUAGUCUCCUAGACGACAUCCCGAUUCCCGAUUUAAAGUACGUGGUAGAGUCAUCAAACCUACGCCAGGUCGGUGUUGAGAUUUCACAAACGGAUUCAAUCGGAUACGAAAAGAAUAUUGAAAUUGAUGAGGUAAAAAUGACCGAUUUUAUUCCGAAGAAACUGAUUGGACAGGCUAAGCAAUUAAAAGGUUCCGAUGCUGCUUGGAGGUUUCAAGGAACAGCUGACUGCAGCGUUCCUGUUUUUAUUACAGUAAUAAACUGUCGGACGCUAUAGGCAGUUAACUUAGCUUCUUAAUCAGACAGUAUCAUCUGAUACAGUACUGAGGGCAUUAAAAGUAGAACAUCAGUGAGCCGUUAUCAAAAGUGUAAGCCGCAGUUAAAGCGGGCAUUUCAAACUACAAUAAAACUCUAAAUGAAAUUGAGACGAACGCAAUCUCCAUGCCGCGAAAUUGCUUUGAAGAUAAAAACACCUUGUUUUGUCUUUUAAUUAAUCAACUUGUAUUAGAAAAUAGUAUCAUAUUUAAAAUCAUAAUAAAAAAAAGUUAAAUGGCUUAUACUCACACCAUAAACACAAAACAAAUUUAAAUACAGA